AUGUUUCAACAACCAGAUUUUAUCCAACGCAAAAUAGAUGAAAUUACUAAAUUUAUCGACUCAGGAAUUCCAGUCCUACUUAUUGGACCUACUGGGUGCGGUAAAACAACUAUUGCAGAAAAAAUUUUUGAAAAUCGUGGUGACUAUUUGAAAUUUAACUUCAGUUCAGAGACAACAAUUGAUCAACUCCUCGGAAAUCUAUCUCUUGAUAAAGAUUCCAAUCCAAAAUUCGAUUAUGGAAUGUAUUCUUUUGCUUAUAAAGAAGGUAUGCCUCUUAUACUUGAUGAAUUCAAUCUCGCUCAUGAAGAUGUUCUACAGUGUAUUGAAUCUUCGUUAGAUACUGAGGAAUUAUUUGUUGAUGAUCCAGAUUUAAAUAAUUCCCCAAUCAAAAUGCAUGAAAAUUUCAAGUUAAUAGCUACACAAAACGAUUCUGAUAGUGCUUUUGCAUCAAUGCGUAAUAAACUUACAUCAAAACUCACAUCUCACUUCCAGGUUAUUGAAUUUAAUAAUUUUGAUGAUGACGAACUAACUGCUCUAUGUUCUAAAUUCAAUAAAAACAUUUCAACAGACGAAAUCGAAAAAGUUAUUGAUUUUCAUUAUUCAUGUUCCUCAGUUAGCAACAAAGACUACAAUUUUACAAUCAGAAACCUUAAGAUGGCGCUUUUAUCUACAGAUGGCCCUCAAAAUUUAUAUCGUUCUUUAUUUUAUUAUUAUCAAUCACUUCUUGGGCUUGAAAAAUCAAAUAUUAUUGCCGACAAACUUAACGAAUGCAAUAUACAUCCAAGUAACGAACCAGAACUCGAUGUUUACCAACUUUUUGAGCAAAAACAAAUUCGAAAUGUAUGGAAAAACGAUGUUUUAACGAACACCCUUCGCAAAAUUCACUUCUUUAUGGAUAACAAUCAACCAAUUCUCAUUGUUGGCCCAGACGGAUCCGGAAAAACCCAAAUUGCAAAAUGGGCGACAAAAUUAUUUAAACAAUGUGAUGCUUACUUCAUGAUUUGCCAUCCAGAGAUGA